CACUUUUUAUGUAAGUUUUCUGAAGUUUCAAUGGGUCAUCAUAAUUUGCUGCAUCUACCCGCCCCUCUCAAAAUAUGACGUAAUUUAUGGACAUUCCCUUUGUAUGCUGUAUUCAGUAAGAUCCCAAUAGUGUUUUAGGUUGAUAAGAUCGGGGCACUUUUCUGUCAAUUUUGAACUAAAUAGAAAGGUUAUGGGUUCGUGAAACAAAACAUAAACAAUAAGGGCCAUCCAUUGAGUACGUCACAGAAAAAUCCGUAUAAAAUUUCCAAUUAGCCUGUACAUGCUGUGAGAUUAUGACUUUUACUGCGAGCACUGUAUUCAAAAUUCCUGUGAGAGUGAGCAGGACAGCACCAAAAUAGAGCUCGUAGUAUAAGUUGAAUAACAAAAGAAUUUUGCCAGCAUACACAGGCUAAUUUUAGCGUAACGUACUUAAUGAGUAUAGGGUAAAAUUUAAACUGCCUUUUCUAAUAGAUGGCGCCACCACAUUUGUAGUAAAAAAAAAAUAUCCCUAUGAGCAUUUCGGUCAAUACGGAAAUCAAAUGCGUUAACGCUUCUGCAGUCUGGGUAAUUUUGUGUUAUUUUAUUUCAUAUCUCCAAAUGCCAAGUCAUUUCUAACUGAACAUCUCUUAAAAAAUUAAAAAAAUAUCAGUUCCAUGCAAAUAUUUUUUCCGAUACUACAAAUUUUCCGGGAGUCGCGGUUGAACUUUCAGAACUCUUACCGAGAGUGCCGACCAACUGUUUUGACAACUUGAUUGUUGUUUGUCUGCUGUGCUUAUUUUGAUCGAGCUCGAGCUGGUGCGUUUUGUUUAUUUGUUGACUUUUCCGCAGUAUUCUCGCGUCGUCAAAGAAUCUUUCGCGUACCGUCGCGACUCAAAUAAAAAAAACUACCUGAUUUCUGCCUUAGUUGGUGCUUGUGCUGUCCUUUGUGUCACCAAAUCAGCGUAAAAGUUCCGGAGGAACGACUCGCCGAACAACUACAACGCAAAGGCAGCUUUCUGUUUUGUACGGAUGUCUGUCGUCUGGUUCGUCUGCAAUCAGAUACACAACGCUUCUUCGAUGAGAUUUCAAGGAUGGAGAGUGAUUAUAAAUCGAAAUUGAGAUCCGCGAAGCAGAGCAGUCGCGACAGAAAAAGUCUCUGUUCCAAAAGUGUAACAGCGAAACGUCACCGAGGAGAGAGUGCCGAUCAUAGAAAACCGCAGAAAAGAACAACUGCCAGGAAAUCGGAGUCAUUUGGUCAUCGAGAUGGCAGACCAAAACGGAUGGAAUCCAGAGAAAGUGACACUGCAAGCGAUGAAGUGGACGAUGGCAGCUCGUGUGAUACACCGGCACUUAAACCAGGAAAAACUUUACAAUCGCUUCGACAAAUUGCUGGCAAAUUUGGAGUGCCGAUGAGUGGAAAUAAAUCUCAGAUAACGCAUCGGAUUCAAUGGUACAAAAAGUACAAUCUGAACUCUUCCAUCAUCGGCGCAGCGCCACCUGUUAAAGCCGUGGACGAAUCGAGCUUCAUAGAUGAUCUUUUGUUUAAGUCAUGUGAUCAAGAAUUACAACAUUCGUUGAAAUGGCUAACAGUUGUGGAGGCGUUCUCCUACUUUCAAAAACGGUCUGCUCGUCAAGGCUACAGGAACGGAAAAUUGUUGAGAAAUUCUGGCUUUUUGAGAAACGUUUGUUAUGCAAAGGAUAUGUCCAACAAAAUUCUACCUGCACGGAUGUUUUGCAAACAUGGCACCGACCUCCGAAAAAUGCAGAUAAAUCCUCUAUGUACAAACCAAUUCAGGAGUUGUAUUUGGAUUCUCCUGCAGCUGAUUCUCCCAAAAUAAAUUCUGUGCCGCGUAAUGAAUUUACCGAUUAUUUCAUGAAUAUUACACUUAAUGCAGGAUUAUACAUGGCUGUGCAUAGACCCCGUAACGUACAAAAUAUGCGUGCUUACCAAGAAGAACAUUCAUACGCCGUAAAUUCACAGGACUUCAAUGAUAUGGGAGACGAUAGUUCAUAGAACAAGUACUAUCAAGGUUACUGAAAAAAUUGUCAGAUCUACAAGUAAUUGUUGAAAUCGAAAAUAAAAAUACAUUAUCCAGUCAGAGAGGACAUCACAAUUUUUACUUACAACAAUAUUCACGUAUAUUAACCCGUAAACACCCGGGACGAUCUACUUUUGACACAAAUGCAAUAUCUUCUUUGUUUUUGAACAUUUUACCCUGGAUUUUUUAAUAGUCAUGUGGAGCCUCGUAGCCGUGCGGUUAGGGUCACCAAGCUUCUAAUCGCACCAUGCUAUGGGGUGAGGGUUCGAUUCCCGCUCCGGGCGAUGAAACUUUUCGUGAGAAUAGUUUCUUCUCCGUAUCCACUGGUGCAUGCUCCAUGUGUCCCUUGUCUAGUGUUUAAGUUUUAUUCAGUCUGUGCAGCCUCUGGCUGAAGACGGUGUCCGCGUCUUUUAAUAUUUGAAAUGCAUGGUUUGCACUCUUCCCUCUUUUUCUGGUAGCCGAAAAUACGUGGCUUUUUUUGUAUUUUUUUUUAAUCAUCAAUAGUUUUCACUGAUCCUUGACGUGCAAUGUAUUACUACCCAUCAUAGUCUGUUGAAGUUUUUAUCUCAGAGCUCCAAAGUUUGUGUCACAAAUCCAACAUCCUAUACCAAAUUUUAUACACGAUGAAUCCUCACAGAACAUAGUCUACGGUACUAAAAAAGCAUCAAAGCAUUCCUAGAAUAUUCAUGGUACAUGAAUUGGGUGAUCUAGGUCAUCUAAACUACUCUGGAAUUCAUUUUCUUAAGGACAAAAGUCCUGACAUCCCGCUUCAACAGUGCAUGAGAACUUCAGAUGCACAAAUCUCAAGAAGCAAGCUUCAAACAACAAUGCAUUUUAUUAUUCUGUUCUUGCUCACUUGUAAUAAGCCUAAAAUAAGAAGCUCAGGUGCGCUGGUUUUGUUUACGAAGAGAUGUGUGCCCUCAAAAUCGUGAGUAGGUGCCAAAGUCGGCCAUUGUGGCGGCCAUUUUGGGAUUCUAACAAGUCUGUCCUUAAGAUCUACAACAUCUACCAUCAUUUAUGUUCACUCUGUUCAUGAAAUUUAGUUACGUUGAUGUUCAUUAGACCUCGCAAUGUCACGAGCAACUCGAUAUUGUGGUAGUUGGACAUUCCGUGUAAUACAAAUGGCCUCCAAAACACUUUGAAGUUUGGGUUACGAUAUCUACAUACUGUAUCAUGGUUUAAUUGUAAAAAAUAUUUGUGGGAUGUAGCUUACUGCUGAUGGAGCCUCAGUGCACAACUAUAAUGCUUUUGGUACAUUCAUGGGAUAUUCCAGGCUUUCCAAACUAUUUGGAAUUAGGACCUUGAAGUUCUACAGGCUCUACUCUUGUUUAUGUUCCCUCUAUCGGCAUAAUUUUUUCACGAUUGUGUCUGUUGCACCUCAUAAUAUUGCGAGUAUCUCUAUGUAUUGCUAUUCGGGUGUCCACUGGUAUUCGAAUGGACCCAAUGUAUUUUGAAGUAUGGAUCGCAAUAUCUCGUCGAAUAUAAUCUUCACUACUCUUUGAGGUAAGUAAGUACUCUUUGAGCCUCGGAGUACAAUUCUGAUAACUUAGCAACAUUCACUUGGUGAUCUAGGUCAUCCAAAUUAUUCUGGAAUAAAGACCUUCAAGCUCCACAAGCUCUACUGAAUUUCUUUACUUCAUCGGUGUAGCUUCUCCAUAAAAUUCUUCGAGAAUUCUUCCAAGACUUUCGCCAAGAAUUCCUCAAAUAAUCUUUCCAGGUAUUCCUCCAAGAAAUCCUGGAAGACUUCUUCCAGGAAUUUUCCAAGAAAUUCCUCGAAAAUCGGAAGACUAGGAGUUCUUCAAAGUAUUCUACCAGAAAUUCCUACGAGAAUCCCUCCAGGAAUUUCUCCAAGAAUUCCUUCAAGAAUUCCACCAGGAAUUUGUUCAAGAAUUUCUCCAGAUAUCACUCUAAAAAUUCUACCAAGAAUUCCUCAAAGAAUCCCUCUAGGUGUUCUAAGAAUCCCUUCAGGUAUUUCUCCAGAAAUCCAAGGUUUUUUUCAACCACAGGGAUUCCUCCGAGAAUUCUUUCAGGUAAUUCUCCAUGAACUGCUCCGAGACUUCUUCCCAGAAUUCCUACACGAUUCCCAUAAGGAAUUUCUCCAAGAAUUUCUCCAAAAAUUCCUCCAGCAAAUUUCUCAAGGUAUUCCUCCAAAACUUCUGCUAAGAAUUUCUCCAAGAAUCCGUCCAGGAUAUAUUCCAGACAUUUGUCUAGCAAGUACUCCAGUAAUUCCUUCAGGAAUUACUCUACGAAUUCCUCUUGGCAUUACUACAGGAAUCCCUCUAGGAAUUGAUCCGGGAAAUACUCCUACAAGAAAUAUUCCGGGAAUUCCUCCAGAAAACACUCUAAAGUUUUCUUCAAGAAUUCCUCGCAGAUUUCCUCCAAGACUUAUUUCAGGAAGUACUCCAGGAAUUGCUACAAGGAAUAUUCCUGGGAUUUCUCCAGGAAAUCAAAAUUAUAAAAAAAAAUAACUUCGUAAAUUCCUGCAGAAGUUUCUUCAGGAUUUCUUCAAGUAAAUCUUUCAGGAAUUCCUCUAAGAAUUCCCCCAAGAUGUUGUUUUAAAAUUCCUUCAUACUACAUGAAUUU